UCUCCCUGAAAAGGCAUAAAUAAAACCAACGGUAUCGUUAAUUUUCCAUAGAGAUGAUCACGUCGAGGCCUACACACCGCAAUCGCACUUCCCUUGUGGACCAGGUAUUGGCGGCUAUAAUCCAGAACCGACCCUUUGACGCUCGGCUCGCUGCCUCAGCCACAGCCGGUCAAUCUGUAUGGACCGUAGAGUCAGUUUCCGAAGUCUUGAGGUCCAUACCAAGGGUCUUCUUCCAAUCCCCUCGCUCCAUUGGCCGCCAAAGCGGCUUCCGACACCGCGCACCUUUGAAACAGCGAAACCUCAAAGUGGAGUCCGAUAAGUUACGGCGCAAUGUUUUGGUUCUUGGCCCUGCCGCUUACAGAGACCCCCAGAAAGUGAGGUUGGGAUUGGACAAAGCAAUGGAGUUCUAUUCUUGGGUUGAGGCCCAUUUUGGGUUUGCCCACAAUGAGAUAACUUGCAGGGAGAUGGCCUGCGUGUUGGCCAAAGGGAAUAGAUUGAAAGCUCUUUGGGAUUUUUUGUGGGAAAUGUCGAGGAGAGGGAGUGGCGAGCUCGUGACCACUGCUACCGUUACCCGUUUGAUCAAAGUUCUAGGAGAGGAGGGGUUGGUUAAUGAAGCAUUGGCUGCAUUUUAUAGGAUGAAGCAGUUUCAUUGUAAACCGGAUGUUUAUGCCUAUAAUACGAUUAUUUAUGCUCUUUGUAGGGUAGGGAAGUUCAGGAAGGCAAGGUUUCUGUUGGAGCAGAUGGAAUUGCCGGGGUUUAGAUGCCCACCUGAUACAUAUACGUACACGGUACUCAUUAGUUCGUAUUGUAAAUAUAGCUUGCAAACUGGUUGUAGGAAAGCUAUCAGGAGGAGGAUGUGGGAAGCAAAUCAUUUGUUUCGCAUUAUGCUAUUUAAGGGCUUUGUUCCUGACGUUGUGACUUACAAUUCUUUGAUUGAUGGCUGUUGCAAAACCAACCGGAUUGCGAGGGCUUUGGAGUUAUUUGAAGAUAUGAACAGAAGGGGGUGUGUUCCCAACCGAGUUACUUAUGGUUCUUUUGUUAGAUAUUAUAGUACAGUCAAUGAGAUUGAUAAGGCUGUUGAGAUUUUGAGGAAGAUGCAAGAAAUGAAUCAUGGAACACCCACUUCCAGUUUGUAUACCCCAAUAAUACAUGCUCUGUGUGAAGCAGGAAGGGUUCGUGAGGCCCGGGAUUUUCUUGCUGAGUUGGUUGAUGGAGGCUCGAUACCUAGAGAGUAUACUUACAAACUGGUAUGUCAAGCAUUGAGCUUUUCGGAAGAGGCCAACUUGCUUGAUGAUGAAUUGCAUAAGAGAAUAAAAGACGGUGUAGUUAAGAGAUAUAGGCAAGUAAUGAAGGGAAAACCAAUCAUGACCCGUAAAGGAUAUUUGACUGAUGCUGAAGUUUGAUAUAGAGGAGAAACUUGCUUGUGGUCAGCCAUAUGAAAAUUUUUGUAUAAUAAGAAGAAUUUUGGAGGGCAUAUAUUGGCAUUCUGCAGGCAGGGCCCUUCGGACCCACACCUGCAGAGUAAACCUCAAUUCCGUGCACCGCACCUUCUGAAGUUUUCCUA